UAUGCGUAUCCACAUUGCGCUAUGGCGUCGUCGCGACAGACAUCCUCUCUCCGGGUUUUAGGGUUCUUCCGGAUGCUCCGGGGCGACCCCUACGCGGCAAAGGUGCGAGGCUCUCCUCCAGCUGUGAUGAAUUUGCGGGAAGAAUGAGCGCCGCAUUGGGUGCCCUGGGAGGGCAGCUCGUCGUCUGCCCUCACAAUUCUUGCUGGAGAUGGCCCAGGGGCGAUGCCGACUGCGCGGCUGCAUCCACCUCGGCGAUUUUCGGGCUCUCCAGCCCCGGUGCGCAGCUCAGAUCGCGGCUCCGGCAAGGCGGCGGCUCCAGGAGGCAUUCCAAAUGCAUGGCAUUUGCCGAGGAGCGCGUCCGGGUGUUGGAUGCCGAUGGCGCUAGUGCCGCCGACGACGAUGGCGGUGGCAAAUCGGCCAAGCCCAGCGCGGGAGCUGCGAGCGAUGGUGAGAGUAUGCCGCUGCUCAAGCCAUCGCCAAAGCCGAUGAUCCCACUCUCGCGGCCCAAGCCAGUGAUGAUGCCUCCUCCACCUCCUCCUCCUGCGAAUGGAGGCGCUGCGAGCAACCAGAUGAGAAGGCCAGGAAGUGGAAGUAGUGGUAGCUUUGCGCAAGUUUAUCGGCCCAGGGAGAAUGCUCCUUCUGCCGCGCCAUCGCAGCAGGGCCAUGGCGGUGGAGCUAUGCAAAACUUGGACAAAGUGUUACAGAGCGCGGAGAGGCUGGCGAAUUCUCCUCCCACGAAUUCGCCAAGUUCUAGGCCGGUGAUGGGAAGGCAGCAAUCCUUCCAGCAGCCAGGAACGAUGGGUGCUUCUUCGUCGUUCCAACAACAAGGUGGAUUCCAGACGAGGUGGAAGAAAGGAGAUCCCGUGACGCCGGUAAAUGGUGCUAACAGCAGCGCUGUGAAGAGCAAGCCCGUUGCUCCAAAGACUCCCCCACAAACGAAUUUUCCAAAGCCCCCAGAGAGCUCGACCGCUGUGAAGGUAAGCCAAGACUUACCAAAGGCUCCUUCACAGACAGAUGUAUCAGCGUCGAAGCAAGCUCCUCCUGCGGCUCCAUUUCCAAGAGUUUCUUCGUCGUCCCAAACUCCAGCUCCUGCUCCAUCUCCAGGAGUUUCUUCGUCGCCACAAACUCCAACUCCGGCUCCAUCUCCAGGAGUUUCUCCGUCGUCACAAGCUCCGGCUCCGGCUCCGGCUCCGACUCCGGUUCCAUCUCCAGGAGUUUCUCCGUCAUCACAAACUCCAGCUCCGGCUAGAGCUCCUGGACUUUCAGCACCACCAAGAACUCCGAUUCUCAGCUCGCCACCUUUGAUGCGACCUCCGCCCGUUUUGAGAAAAGAGCCUCUCAUGUCAACGAAGCCGAUGAUUGCUCCAAAGCCAGCGGCACCGCCGGUGGCGCCCAAGGGACCGAGAUUAGUGGAUACUUUCAGGAAGGUGGUGGAACCGAGCGCUACACCUCCCCCUCCUUCGGGUCGCUCUUCUUCGACAAAGAGUGACGAGGCAACGAAGAAGCAGACAGGUCUCAAAGACAAAGACACUGGAGCUGGAGGUCCGCCAUCAUCGAAGCCGGGUUUAGCGAACAAGGCCAGGGAUGACAAGCGGAAAAGAUCGGAAGUGAUGGAUGGAGCUAAGCGCAGAACCGUUGCUCGUGACGAGAAUGCCAUGGACGACGCGGAAGAGAUUGGUAUCAGCAUUUCAGGUGUGAGUCCGGCACGUAAAGGCAGGAAAUACUCGAAAGCUAGAAGGAAAGCCGAGCGAGCAGAGGCUGCAAAGGCCUCGGCUCCGGUGAAAGUGGAGAUUUUGGAGGUGGGGAAGCAGGGAAUGACCGUGGGAGACUUGGCGAGUAAGCUGGCUAUCAACGAAGCGGCCGUUGUCAAGGUCUUGUUCAUGAAGGGAAUAGCAGUGACGAUCAACCAGAUGCUGGAUGAAGAAUCUGUGAAAAUUGUGUGCAAUGAAUACGAAGUGGAAGUUAUCGAAGCUGGCUUUGUCAAAGUCGAGGACAUGGCCAAGAAGCAGAAAGAGUUCCUGGACGAAGAAGACUUGGAGUCACUGGAGAGACGUCCACCAGUGGUAACAGUCAUGGGACAUGUUGAUCAUGGAAAGACUUCGUUGCUGGAUUACAUCAGGAAGACAAAGGUGGCUGCCGGAGAAGCUGGAGGAAUCACACAAGCAAUUGGUGCAUAUCAAGUGCCUGUGACAGUCGAUGGGGAGGAGCAAACGUGUGUUUUCCUUGACACACCGGGGCAUCAGGCUUUCAGUGCUAUGCGAGCUCGUGGUGCACGAAUCACAGACAUUGCAAUUAUCGUGGUAGCAGCAGAUGAUGGAACCCGUCCACAGACUUUGGAAGCAAUCGCUCACGCCAAAGCUGCCAGGGUUCCAAUUGUCGUAGCUAUCAACAAGAUUGACAAGCCGGGAGCAAACGUUGAUCGUGUCAAGGAAGAGCUUGCAAAAGCGGGUGUAGUUCCACCAGAGUGGGGUGGAGAAGAGCAGAUGGUUUCGGUUAGUGCUCUUACAGGAGAGAACAUUGAUUCGUUACUGGAGACGGUCAUGCUUGUUGCCGAGUUGCAAGACUUAAGAUCCAAUCCUCACCGUGAGGCCAGUGGCACAAUCAUUGAAGCAAGCUUAGACAAGGCAAGGGGACCAGUUGCUACGUUACUCGUGCAAAAUGGUACACUAAGCAAAGGAGACGUGGUUCUGUGUGGUGAAAGCUAUGGAAAGGUGCGAGCAUUGUUUGACGAAAAAGGGAAGUCGGUCAAUGAGGCUGGUCCAUCAACCGCAGUGCAGGUGAUUGGACUGAGCAGUGUACCAGUUGCUGGAUACGAAUUUGAAAUCCGCGACACGAUUGAUGAUGCUAGAGACGCUGCUGCCGAGUACGCAGAACGCAUGCGUGAUUCUCGUCUAGCCUCUCAAGCUAGCGAAGGAAAGGUGACGCUUGCGAACCUUGCGAGUGCUGUAGCGUCUGGAAAGGACUCCGGUGUUGAGUCACACCAGCUAAACAUUGUUCUCAAAGUUGACGUUCAGGGAACUGUGGAGGCCAUCAGGGAGGCGCUCCAAGUUUUGCCGCAGGACACUGUCCAGCUUCGGUUUUUGAUGCAAGGCACAGGCGAUAUAACAGCCAGUGACAUAGAUUUGGCGAUUGCGAGCGGAGCAAUCGUGAUUGGUUUCAACGUACGCACGCAGCCGACGGUGAGGGACAAGGCUGACAGCGAAGGCGUUGAGAUUCGUUUGUACAAAGUCAUAUACGAAAUGGUAGAUGACAUGAGGCAAGCAAUGGAGGGUCUCUUGAAGCCCAUCCAGGAGGAAGUUCCGAUUGGAAAAGCGGAGGUUCGAGCGGUUUUCACGAGUGGAAGUGGACGAGUGGCGGGAUGCAUGGUGACGGAAGGAAAGCUGACCAAAGGCUGCGGUGUUCACGUCAAGCGAGGGAAGAAAACCGUGCACACUGGGAGUCUGAGCUCGCUUCGACGAGUAAAAGACGUCGCCAAAGAGGUUGAUGCUGGUUUGGAAUGUGGUGUUGGUGUGGAUGGCUUCAACGAGUGGCAAGAUGGCGACAGCAUACAGGCAUUCGACAAAGUGGAGAAGAAGCGAACUCUCGAGGACGCGUCCGCGACUGUGGCGGCUGCUCUAGCCAGCGAGAAGAAAUGAUUGAAUCGAGUGGCAGAGAAAGGGAAGAAUCGGAUCCGAAGAGAUCGAAUCGCAGUGGAAUCGAUUUAAUGCUGCCGCCAUUUCCAAUAGAUCGAUGAUAUCGCUUCGCGCGAUUUCUUGUAACUUUUCAAACAUUUAAAUGCGAGGGCUGCGAUGAGCACGCCAAUGGACGUUCCA